AUUGAGGCAUGGUAACCUUUUCUUUAAUCAGACGUGUUGAGACCUGUAUCGUGUCAUACCAACGUGUGCGUUUCCUAUGAUAAUUGUGUGAUCUUUUUUAUAGAGUUGCAGUGUAUCGAUCGUCACUCCCAGGUCCCAGUAAACGACACAUUUUAAUUUCAGUCUCACGUUAGACGAGAAAAAAGGACUGCUGCAUUUGGUAGUUUGGCUUCGAUUGCAAGUAAAAAAACAUUGUCAAAAAAGAAGAUGAAUUGGGGGUGGUUAUAUAAUGUCAAUACAUUUGCAGUUUUGGGUUCACUGUUGAUAUUAGGCAGUUCCAUCAUAUACGUCACUCAACCGACCACAAUAUUCACCUAUCAGCAGGCAUCAGAUUUGAGCACGAGAAUAAAAGAAGAAACCAUCAGUGUUUUGGUAAACGAAAAACAGAUCUUGGAAUGGAAGUUGAAAUUAUACGAAGAAGACAUGAUGAGCAUGACUACCUUACUCGAAGUUACACAACAUUUGAAUACUGCUUUGGUUGACAAAAUUGAAUUACUGGGCCAAGUAACAGCAAAGAGGUCAGGACAGUUUCAAACAAACCAAUCCAUUCAACAAUUGCAAAAACAAAAAGAAAUGCUCGAAGCCAAUGCGACGAUUCAUCGAGACUUUUUCCAUGACGCAUCUCGUUUUUUGUACAAUACUUCCUACCCUGGAGUGGAGAAUUACACGCGUUACAUUGUGACUCUGCGAGGAAUGUUACCAUUAGACGGAAUCGAACCAAUUAAGCCGGAAUUCGGUGCAGUCAUCAACGAUGUACUUUCGUUCAAGUAUCCAAUCACUGUCCCAUUUUGCCGGGACGUCGAAACGAAUGGAACUGGACCUUUAGUGUUUAUAGCCGUCAAUUCAGCGCCGGGUAACUUCCAUAAACGAGAAGUCAUCCGCCAAACGUGGGUGACUCGUUUGAAAGCCGAUUGUGAGCAAGGAUUGCUAAAUCUGGCAGGUUUCGCUUUCGUUGUGGGUCGGACGGACAACAACGAAACGCAAAUCAAAAUCGAAAAUGAAAGCAAAACUUUUGAUGACAUCAUCCAAAUAGACAUGUUUGAUUUCUACCGCAAUUUAUCCGUCAAAGUGGCUGGUUUAUUCAAUUGGCUGUACAGAAACUGUCGUCAAACGGAUUUCCUAUUAAAAGUGGAUGACGAUGUCUACGUCAACGUGCGCAACGUGGCCCAUUUCGUGACGCAGUUUCAAUAUCAAUCCAACUACACCAUAUUCGGAAUCUCUCCUGGUAUCUUUUAUCCCCAACGAGCUGGUAAAUGGGCUUUGACGUACGAAGAAUGGCCGUGGAGUCAAUAUCCCGAUUAUUUCUUGGGACCAGCUGUUUUGCUUCCAGCUCACACGAUCCUACCGCUAUUGGCCGCCUUCCAGGUGACGCCCAUGAGCCCUUUCGAUGACCUGUACUACACCGGCAUGUGCAGAGAAAAGGCCGGCAUCAAAAUCCGCUAUUCCGUCAAUGCAACCAGCGUCUUCGUGAUGGGCCUGCCACAUCCUCCCACUCCAUGCUACGUGCGGCGACACAUUUCGUUUUUGAUCCCCGACGAGAAUCAAUUGAAACUCUGGCAUAAUGCGACCGAUGAUUUUUACAACAAUAGGACCCAGUGCAUUGUGGAUGGAUCCAAUGGGACCAACAUAACAAUCGAUCACAUCCAACCCUCACAGUUUUAUUUUACAGAACCUAAAAUAUAAAAGAUUCUUAAAAUAUAGUAUUUAAUAUUUUAAAAA